AUGACUUACAAACUGCUGUACGUGACGGCGGAGACGGAAGACGAGGCCAAGGCCAUCGGCAGAUCCCUUGUGGAGGCGCGUCUGGUCGCGUGCGCAAACGUGAUCGCGGGGAUGACGCCGAUCUUCCGCUGGAAAGGCCGCGUGCAGGAGGGAAGCGAAGCGAUUCUGAUCGCCAAGACCCGCGCCGACCUGGUCCCGGCCGCCACCCGCCUGAUCGUCGAGGCGCAUGCCUACGAUCUGCCCUGCGUGGUCGCGCUGCCGAUCGAACCGGGUCACCAGCCGUUUCUCGACUGGAUCGGCACGGAGACGGGCGAUCCAAUCUAA